AUGCAUUCUAAAAAAUCUAAAAGCAUUACGGGCAAAAGGAAACAAGUAGGCGGUAAUGUAAUAAAGGUGAUCAAACCGCAGAAGACAAGAAGGAUAAUACGAAGAUUUCACCAUUUGAUCAAUAAACGUGAAUCGAUAUGCCACUUUUUAUGUCUCACGGAAAAUUUGGAUGAGACUAAUGAGAAAAAGAAUGAUGCAAUCAUUAAAUCAAGUAUUAAAAGUAAUGCAAUAUUGAGCAAGCAUUAUGAAGACGGUAAAUCACAAUCUUUUAGUGAAGCAAUGGAAUCACAGCUGUUAAAGCUACAUUCAUUAAUUAAAAAUGAAGACAAGUUGAGAGACGCUUGUGAUCUCACUGAGAUGUAUACAUUGCUUGGUUACAUAAUGAAUCAAAUUGAUAAGCUGGGCGGAUUGGAGACCUAUCAAAUUGCUAGUCAAAAUGGGCAAUUGAAGGGACGUGGAGGAGACACUUCGAAGUUACUCGAAAAGUGGAUUAGGCCCUUGAUGGACGACAAUCUACAAGGCACGGCAUUAGAGAUUGGCUCUCUAAGCUCUGAAAACUGCAUAUCCCGAUGUGCACUUUUUCGAGAAGUGGUUCGUAUUGAUUUAGAGGAGCACGAGGGCGUUAUCAAACAAGAUUUCAUGGAGAGGCCACUACCAAAAAAUGAAAAUGAUAAAUUUAACCUAAUAUCAUGCUCUUUAGUUCUCAAUUUUGUCAAAAAUCACAAGGACCGUGGUGCGAUGUGCCAUCGCAUGAUCAAAUUUCUCAGGCCACAAGGUUACGUCUUUAUUGUUCUGCCACAAGCCUGUGUGACGCACUCAAGAUACUGCAACAAAACAUUGCUACACAAGCUCCUCGCAUCCCUUGGUCUCACACUCCUCAACAGUCAUCAAAGUAACAAGUUGUACUACUGUUUGUAUCAGCUAAAAGCGAUUUCGCAACAACCGAGAGGUUCUUCUUCCAAGAGAAUGAAGAUUAACGACGGCCCUGGGCUGAAUAAUUUUGGUAUUACCCUCUAA